GCCAAGGGGCGCCGGCCGCUGCGCACUCCCAUUGGCUGGCGAGAUCGGAGGCGGGGCCUCGACCUCCAGCGGCACUCGCUGAGGCUGCGAGCUCCCGGCGCAGCUGCCAGACUAGACCCAGCUGGCCUGCGGCGUCAUGAGUAGCAGCUUGGACCGAGCGCGGAGCUUCCUGGAGCACCUGGAGGAGCGGGGCGGCCGGGAGGGGGCGGUCCUCGCCGGCGAGUUCAGUGACAUCCAGGCCCGCUCAGCUGCCUGGAAGGCUGGUGGCAUGUGCUCCACGGAGGCGGGCAGUCAGCCAGGGAACGUGAGGAAGAACCGCUACAAAGACGUGCUGCCUUAUGAUCAGACACGAGUGAUCCUCUCUCUGCUCCAGGAGGAGGGACAAGGCGAUUACAUCAAUGGCAACUUCAUCCGGGGCACAGAUGGAAGCCUGGCCUACAUCGCCACACAGGGACCCCUGCCUCAUACCUUGCUAGACUUCUGGCGCCUUGUCUGGGAGUUUGGGGUCAAGGUGAUCCUGAUGGCAUGUCGAGAGAUGGAGAAUGGGAGGAAAAAGUGUGAGCGUUACUGGGCCCAAGAACAGGAGCCACUGCAGAUUGGGCUUUUCUGCAUCACCCUGGCCAGGGAGACAUGGCUGAAUGAAGACAUCAUACUCCGGUCCCUUCAGGUCACCUUCCAGAAGAAAUAUCGUUCUGUGUACCAGCUGCAGUAUAUAUCCUGGCCGGACAGAGGAGUCCCCAGCAAUCCGGACCAUGUGCUCGCCAUGGUGGAGGAAGCCCGUCACCUCCAGGGCUCUGGCUCCAGCCCCCUUUGUGUUCACUGCAGCGCGGGCUGUGGGCGAACAGGCGUCUUGUGUGCGGUGGAUUAUGUGAGACAGUUGCUCCUAACCCAGAUGCUCCCACCUUAUUUCAGCCUCUUCGAUCUGGUCCUCGAGAUGCGGAAGCAGCGGCCUACAGCUGUGCAGACAGAGGAGCAAUACAGGUUCCUGCACCACACGGUGGCCCAGAUGUUCUUCUCAGCACUCCAAAAUGCCAACCCCCAGUCCCAGCACCUCAAGGAGAAUUGUGCCCCACUCUAUGACAAUGCCCACUCCCUCCGGACUUCCCUGGCCCUUUCUGCCAUGCCCCGCCCACCUGGCGGGGUCCUCAGGAGCAUUUCAGUGCCGGGGCCCCGGGCCCUCGCCAUGGCUAACACGUACGCGGUGGUGCAGAAGCGCGGGGCCCCGGCCGGCACCGGGUCGGGGUCCGGGGCACAAGGCACGGAGGGGACUCCGCUCUACAGCCAGGUUAUGCCGCGUGCCCGGCGGACGCAGGCGCCCGCGGAGGACGCACGGGGGGUGCUGCCCGGCCGCGUUCCUGCGGACCCCAGCCCUGCUGCGCCUGGCGCCUAUGAGGAUGUGGCUGAUGGAUCUCAGACCGGUGGGCUAGGCUUCAACCUGCGCAUCGGAAGGCCUAAAGGGCCCCGGGACCCGCCUGCCGAGUGGAGCCGGGUGUGAGUGCUGCGCCCAGGCCUGUCUGCUACUCCACGUGGUUGCCUGGAUGUUGAGGCCAUGCUCUGCUGUGUGAAGUGUUGGGCAUGGGAAGGCUGGGCUUGGAUCAAAAUAAAAUUUCUCAGGGUGGGAAAUGUGGGGGUUUUGUCCCAGUGAUUAUAGCAUUCAAGGCUUGAGGCUGGGGGAGGUAGUGGGAGAUAACGACUGGUGAGGCUACACUGAGCAGAUUCAAAAAUGAGCAUAAGGAAUGGGCCCAUCCCCAAGUGCUCCCCAGUUGUGAAGAAGAGAGUGGACAGAUGGGAUUCUAGAGACUGCCCCCAUUACCAUAUAAUAGACUAGUUCAUCUCAGUGUCUAUGUCUCCCUCACGCAGACAUUCAGCUGAUGACACAGGGAGAUGGAUGGACCCUGACAAAGACUGAUGGACUCCCCCACCAUUCAGACAGAUCCAAGCUAGGCAUGCCAACAGCCAAGUAGGCUGAUUUCAGACAGACUGGUAAAAAGAUCUUUAAAUGGGCAGACAGACAGAUGGACACCAACCUCGACAGGUAGAUAGCCAUACCUCUAGACAGCCAGACCUUCAAAGGGUCAGUCCACAGCUGGAUGGAUGGAUCUCCAGCCAGAGAGAGAGAUGAACCAACAGCCUGACAGACCACCCCAGCACAAGAGACCACCAAAAAGACAGACCCCCCUCUCCCAGCAAGGUAACCAGACAGACACCAGCCAGAUGGAUCACUAGCUGGACAGACUCCCAGACAGAUAUAAACAGAUCCCUCCUGAACAGACAAAGGCAACCUCUAAGCUAGCCAGAUCCACCCUCAGGUGGGAGGACAGACUCCUAAUUAGCUAGAAGUAUUCCCAGCCAGACACCAGCCACAUAGACCCUUGAUUGCACAGACAAUGCUUGGUGGCAAUGAAUUAAUUUGUCGAGUGCUGUAAGGUCUCUGAAUGAGAAGCAGCUCAACCAGCAGAAACCAGGACUUCUAAGGAAACCUAGGGAUUCUCCAGUUUAAUGGGGAACAGGAGGCCAGCAUCAUCUGGAGUCCAAACUCUCAGGCAAGGACUGGAGCUAACCUUGAUGGAAGUGGCAGGAGGGAGACUCCAGGGCUGCUGGUAAACAGGAGAGUCAAGGUGUGUUUAGAAGCCCUAAGUUAUUAAGUGAAUACAAAUAGCUAACACUGACUUAGCACAUAGAUUGUUAUUAAUCUUCACAGCAACUCUACAGUAAAGGUGACGAGAAAAAUUCUGAGAUGUCCUAAAUUAAAUUACAGCAGUCAGGAGAGUGAGAGAAAGAGACAAGAAUGAUUAACUGGUUAAUAGCUAUGGGCCAGCUAACAAAAGACUGCUCACAUUCCUGAAUGUAAGUUGGAGAUUUGAAUAAACUUCUGUAGAGACCACCAGACCCCACAGCAUCCUGCUUAAGCAUGAACUUUCAGGACUAUUGCCCGGUGCCAAUCAAAAGUAGUAAAUAUUUCUUCCUUACAGACUGUGCACCUAUCCUAGAACUGUCCUCCAUCUUCACCCCUUCCCACCCUCUUAUCUGGAGCCAAUAUAAAUUCUUUCAAAACAACUUACACCUUUAUUCACCGAAACAUAAUGUAUAAAAGUGCCUGUCAACUCCAGGACGGCAGACAGGUUGCCUUCUCCACCUAGCCCUGCUGCUGGUGGUUUAGACUGCAUGGCCCAGGAACUGCCGUUUUCUGGCUAGCAUUUGACUCAAUAGGCUCUUUCUUUCAGAAAAGUUUUGACUGUGAAAGUUUUUGUUUAAGGAGGUAACUUUUUAUCCCCACUUCCCGUAGCCCAGUGAUAACUGCAAUCAUUUAAUGUUUCUUUAAACAUUUAGGCCUGUACCAUAAUGGUUAAUAGCUUGGACUCAGUCACUGACUAGUAUGAUCUUGCACAAAUUUCUUUGUCUCUCCUUGGUUACAUUUCCUAGUCUGUAAAAUGGUGACAACAGAGUUAUCUUUAUCCUAGGGUUGCCACAUAGGUGAUUGUUCAGAGCAAGAGUGAACCUGGAUUUUUACAACAGGCGUAGAAAGGAAGAUUUCUUAUUUUUUCAGGGAUUAUCCCCACAAUAAUAUAGAAUUCUAUAUACUUAUAGUUGGAAUGAUAAUAUUGAAAGCUCUUCCUAAGACCUAAAUAAAUGAAAGUAAAUUUGA